AUGUCUAGAAGAUUAUGGCCACUUGAAUUCGAAGAGGAAUCAAAAUUUGAUCCUGUCCUAACCAGUGUGAUAUUCUUAUACGUCAAAGGAUUUUUAGUUUUUGUACGCUUUUGUUAUGAAUUAGUUCCCUUCAUCAUAAUUAUGUUCACCGUUGUAGGGAAGUCGUUCAAACAAAAAGGCAUUGUUUCUUCCUGGUUAGAUGGAGGGGAAUCCUAUCUACUAAACGAACCUCCACUUACGAUCGAUGACCAACGUUCUCUUAAAACUUUGGCCUUGGACGAUUCUCUUUAUAUUAUUCGUGCCUACACAAAACCCAAUGCUUUUGUUCUUAUGGGGUCUUGUCCGGCUCUUUAUGUUAUCGCUUCCAAUGGACAAAUAACCCUAGUUUUGAAUAUUGAUGCCUCGGGUUCACCAAUUGCUUUAUCAAUCGUUGCAAAAAAUCAGACAUCUGAUGUUGACAUGCAUCGUUCUACCUCUCCAACGGUGUUUUCCACGAUGGUGUCCUUUCAAAAACCCACUUUUUCCAUCGGACCUGAAACACAGGAAUACCUCGCAAAAAUGGACCGGCAACGCGAGGAGAAGCUUCGUCAAGACCAAGCUGACAAUCGAUCUUUUCUGGCAAAAUAUUGGAUGUACAUUCUACCAGCCGUCUUCUUUUUCAUCCUCCUUAACUCAGCUGAUCAAAAUACUGGUGGGAAUUCCGAGUAA